GUGACCUCGCCCGAAACCGUCUGGUGAAUGUUCCUGGAGUUUGACAUUCCAGGGUCGACCAAUCCCUGGGAGAGACCCACCUGAGGUGAUCGUUUAAAUCCCGGGAGAUGGAGACAGCCGGAGAUAGAGAGACAGAGAGAGGGACCGACAGAGACAGAGAGAGGGACCGACAGAGACAGAGAGAGAGAGAGAGAGAGAGACAGAGAGAGAGAGAGAGAGAGAGAGACAGGGACAGGGACAGAGAGAGAGAGAGAGAGACAGACAGACGGAGAGAGAGAGAGACAGACAGACAGAGCCAGACAAGACAGAUAGAUAGAGCGAGACAGACAGAGAGAGAGAGAGAGAGAGGUUGAGAAACCGAGUGAGAGAGACAGAGAGACCAGGUGAACCAUGCCUGGUGUGAGCAUUUCCCCCCUUCCCUCCCUCCUCCUCCUCCUCCUCCUCCUGUCCAUGCCCCCUCCCUCCAUUCCUCGGAGACUCACCCCCCUCGAGAAGGUCCAACUCUUGGAUGGGCAUAACUGGUACCGCGCCAGCCUCCCGGGCCUAGACUCCCAGGGUCUGCCCUUACCCACUGCGGCAGACAUGAACAUGCUGGAAUGGGAUAACGAUCUGGAAGCAAUUGCCCAGGAAUGGGCCGAUAGCUGCCCUCGAAGGUUCGGUUACAGGGACUGUCCCUCCUACACCGCCUGGAGAAUGAAGGUGCAACGGACCUUCGACCUGGCAAACAUCGGGCAGAUCAUCCUGGUGUACCGGCGAAACCUCACCGGGACCACAGUGGAUGUGCUGUCAGCGUUAAAUAAAACCUACUCGAUGGUGUCUCACUACGAUACAGAGAGCAGGAGGUGUAACACCUCCCCAGGGGCGUGUGACUCCUUCACCCAGGAACGCCGCUAUGUGUGCGAGGGAUUAGCCUGGGAGCAGGCAGUUGGGGACUAG